AUGUCAUACAACAACAAUAAUAUGGACAAUAUGGGUAAUCCAGAUGGUCAUCCUCAAGAUAUGAACGGUAUGGGUUAUCCUCAAAAUGAUCAAGAUUACCAAGGUCAAGCUUACGAUGAUUAUGGUCAACCGAUUUAUCCUGAUCAAAUGCAUCCUCAAGAUGAAUAUUAUGAUCCAAAUGCUAUGAAUGAUCCAUAUUCCCAAAAUCCAAAUGGUCAAGGUUAUUAUCAACAACCUUACGAAAAUCAAAAUGCUGGUCAAGGCUAUCCAGGCGAUCAGUAUUAUGAUCAACCUCAAAUGCACCAAGAUCCAGAAAAUUUCUCAGAUUUUAGUUCAUACGGUCCUCCAGCUACUCCAGGCUACGAUAACUAUGGUAACAUGGGUCAAUAUACUCCAUCACAAGUUAGUUAUGGUGAUCCAAACUCAUCGGGCACUUCAACACCAAUUUACGGUGGCAUGAAUUAUGAUCCAAAUGCUAUCGCAAUGACUUUACCAAAUGAUCCAUACCCUGCCUGGACAGCUGAUAAUCAAUCUCCUGUCUCUAUAGAACAAAUCGAAGAUGUCUUCAUAGAUUUAACAAAUAGAUUUGGUUUCCAAAGAGAUUCCAUGAGAAAUAUGUUCGAUCAUUUCAUGACUCUAUUAGAUUCAAGAUCUUCAAGAAUGUCCCCAGACCAAGCUUUAUUAUCGUUACACUCUGAUUAUAUCGGUGGUGAUACUGCCAAUUAUAAAAAAUGGUAUUUUGCCGCUCAAUUAGAUUUAGAUGAUGAAGUUGGUUUUAGAAAUAUGAACUUGAGUAAAGUUAAAAAGAAGAGAAGAUUAAUGAGAAAGAAAAAUAAGAAGGCUCUGGAAGAGACAGCAGAAGACACAGAAGCUACUCUAAACCAAUUAGAAGGUGACACCUCCUUAGAAGCUGCUGAUUAUAGGUGGAAGGCUAAAAUGAAUCAAUUAUCUCCUCUAGAAAGAGUUCGUCAUAUCGCUUUGUACUUACUAUGUUGGGGUGAAGCUAAUCAAGUUAGAUUCACUUCAGAAUGUUUGUGUUUCAUCUAUAAGUGUGCUUUAGACUAUUUGGAUUCCCCAUUAUGUCAGCAACGUACUGAGCCAAUGCCAGAGGGUGAUUACUUAAACAGAAUUAUCACUCCAUUAUACCGUUUCUUAAGAAAUCAAGUAUACGAGAUCGUUGACAACCGUUAUGUAAAGCGUGAAAAGGAUCACAACAAAAUUAUUGGUUACGAUGAUGUUAACCAAUUAUUCUGGUACCCUGAAGGUAUCUCUAAGAUCGUUUUAGAAGAUUCAACUAAGUUAAUCGAAAUUCCAAUCGAAGAACGUUAUUUGAGAUUAGGUGAUGUUACUUGGGAUGACGUUUUCUUCAAGACUUUCAAAGAAACUAGAUCCUGGUUACACAUGGUAACAAACUUUAACAGAAUUUGGAUUAUCCAUGCUACCGUCUAUUGGAUGUAUACCGCUUACAACGCUCCUUCUUUCUAUACUAAGAAUUAUCAACAAUUAGUGGACAACCAACCUUUAGCUGCUUAUAGAUGGGCAAGUGCUGCUUUAGGUGGUACUUUGGCUUGUGCUCUACAAAUUGCUGCAACCGUCUGUGAAUGGCUAUUUGUUCCAAGAAACUGGGCCGGUGCUCAACAUCUAUCUCGUCGUUUUUGGUUUUUGUGUGGUUGUUUAGGUGUAAACUUAGGUCCAUUGAUUUUCGUAUUUGCUUACGAUAAAGAUUACGUUUAUUCUACAGCUGCUCAUGCUGUCGCUGCCGUUACUUUCUUCAUCGCUGUUGGUACCUUGAUAUUCUUUUCCAUCAUGCCAUUAGGUGGGCUAUUCACUUCAUACAUGAAUAAGACUUCCAGACGUUACGUUGCCUCUCAAACCUUUACCGCAAACUUUGCUCCAUUGCACGGUAUCGAUAUGUGGUUAUCUUACUUGGUUUGGGUUACUGUUUUCGCUGCUAAAUUCUCCGAAUCUUAUUUCUUCUUGACUCUAUCUUUAAGAGAUCCAAUUAGAAUUUUAUCUACCACAACAAUGAGAUGUACCGGUGAAUUCUGGUGGGGUGAUGUCAUGUGUAAGCAACAACCAAAGAUUGUUUUAGGUUUAAUGAUUGCUACCGAUUUCUUAUUAUUCUUCUUAGAUACCUACUUAUGGUAUGUUUUGGUCAACGUUAUCUUCUCUGUCGGUAAGUCCUUCUACAUGGGUAUUUCUAUUUUGACACCUUGGAGAAACAUCUUUACUAGAUUACCAAAGAGAAUUUAUUCUAAGAUUUUGGCUACUACUGAUAUGGAAAUCAAAUACAAACCAAAGGUUUUGAUCUCUCAAGUCUGGAAUGCUAUUGUUAUCUCUAUGUACAGAGAACACUUGUUAGCUAUUGAUCAUGUUCAAAAGUUGUUAUAUCAUCAAGUUCCAUCUGAAAUUGAAGGUAAGAGAACUUUAAGAGCUCCAACUUUCUUUGUUUCACAAGAUGACAACAAUUUUGAAACUGAAUUUUUCCCAAGAAAUUCCGAAGCUGAACGUCGUAUUUCCUUCUUUGCUCAAUCAUUGGCUACUCCUAUCCCAGAACCAUUGCCAGUUGACAACAUGCCAACAUUUACUGUCUUAACUCCUCAUUAUGCUGAAAGAAUUCUAUUGUCUCUUAGAGAAAUUAUUCGUGAAGAUGAUCAAUUUUCAAGAGUUACUCUAUUAGAAUACUUGAAACAAUUGCACCCAGUUGAAUGGGAAUGUUUUGUUAAGGAUACCAAAAUUUUAGCUGAAGAAACUGCUGCUUACGACGGCAAUGAUGAAGACCCUGAAAAAGCAAAUGCAUUGAAAUCCCAAAUCGAUGACUUGCCUUUCUAUUGUAUUGGUUUCAAAUCCGCUGCUCCUGAAUAUACUUUACGUACUCGUAUCUGGGCUUCUUUAAGAUCCCAAACUUUGUAUCGUACUGUUUCUGGUUUUAUGAAUUAUUCAAGAGCUAUUAAACUGUUAUACCGUGUUGAAAAUCCUGAGAUUGUUCAAAUGUUCGGUGGUAACGCUGAAGGUUUAGAAAGGGAAUUGGAAAAAAUGGCAAGAAGAAAGUUCAAGUUUUUGGUUUCUAUGCAAAGAUUGGCUAAGUUUAAACCACACGAAUUGGAAAAUGCUGAAUUUUUGUUGAGAGCUUAUCCUGAUUUACAAAUUGCGUACUUGGAUGAAGAACCUCCUCUACAAGAAGGUGAUGAACCAAGAAUUUACUCUGCUUUAAUUGAUGGUCACUGUGAAAUUUUGGAAAAUGGCCGUAGACGUCCUAAAUUCAGAGUUCAAUUAUCUGGUAAUCCAAUUUUAGGUGAUGGUAAAUCUGAUAACCAAAAUCAUGCUUUGAUUUUCUACAGAGGUGAAUAUAUCCAAUUGAUUGAUGCUAACCAAGAUAACUAUCUAGAAGAAUGUUUGAAGAUUAGAUCUGUUUUGGCUGAAUUUGAAGAAUUAAGUGUUGAACAAAUUAAUCCAUACGCUCCAGGUUUGAAAUAUGAAGAACAAAACAACAACCACCCAGUUGCUAUUGUCGGUGCUAGAGAAUAUAUUUUCUCCGAAAAUUCUGGUGUUUUAGGUGAUAUUGCUGCUGGUAAGGAACAAACAUUUGGUACUCUGUUUGCUCGUACGUUAUCUCAAAUUGGUGGUAAAUUACAUUAUGGUCACCCUGAUUUUGUUAAUGGUUUAUUCAUGACAACAAGAGGUGGUGUUUCCAAGGCUCAAAAAGGUUUACAUUUGAACGAAGAUAUUUACGCUGGUAUGAAUGCUAUGUUACGUGGUGGUCGUAUUAAGCACUGUGAAUAUUAUCAAUGUGGUAAAGGUAGAGAUUUAGGUUUCGGUACAAUUUUGAAUUUCACAACUAAGAUUGGUGCUGGUAUGGGUGAACAAAUGUUAUCCCGUGAAUAUUACUACUUAGGUACACAAUUACCAAUUGACCGUUUCCUAUCUUUCUACUAUGCUCACCCUGGUUUCCAUUUGAACAACUUGUUUAUUCAAUUGUCCUUACAAUUAUUUAUGUUAACCCUUGUUAACUUAAAUGCAUUGGCUCACGAAUCUAUUCUAUGUUUCUAUAACAGAAAUACUCCAAUCACUGAUGUUCUAUAUCCAUGGGGUUGUUACAACUUCGCCCCUGCCAUUGAUUGGGUCAGACGUUAUACUUUGUCCAUCUUCAUUGUGUUCUGGAUUGCUUUUAUUCCUAUCGUUAUCCAAGAAUUGAUUGAACGUGGUGUGUGGAAAGCUACUGUUAGAUUCUUCCGUCAUAUCCUUUCUUUGUCUCCAAUGUUUGAAGUUUUCGCCGGUCAAAUAUAUUCUGCAGCAUUAUUAAGUGAUUUAACUGUUGGUGGUGCUCGUUAUAUUUCAACUGGUCGUGGUUUCGCAACUGCUCGUAUUCCAUUUUCAAUUUUAUACUCUAGAUUUGCUGGUUCAGCAAUUUAUAUGGGUGCUAGAUCAUUGUUUAUGUUAUUAUUCAGUACAAUUGCUCAUUGGCAGGCACCAUUGUUAUGGUUCUGGGCUUCCUUAAGUUCUUUAAUGUUUUCUCCAUUUGUCUUUAAUCCUCAUCAAUUCUCUUGGGAAGAUUUCUUCUUAGACUACAGAGAUUUCAUUAGAUGGUUGACCAGAGGUAACAAUAAGUACCACAGAAACUCUUGGAUUGGUUAUGUUAGAAUGUCAAGAUCUCGUGUUACUGGUUUCAAACGUAAGUUGAUUGGAGAUGAGUCUGAGAAGGCUGUUGGUGAUGCCAGCAGAGCUCACAGAACCAAUGUCAUCAUGGCUGAAAUUUUCCCAUGUGCUGUAUAUGCUGCUGGUUGUUUUGUUGCGUUCACAUUUAUCAAUGCACAAACUGGUGUUAACCAAACUGAUAAUACUGAUCCUACUGUAAACUCCUGUUUACGUAUCAUUAUCUGUACUUUGGCUCCAAUUGCUAUUAACCUAGGUGUUCUAUUCUUCUGUUUGGGUAUGUCAUGUUGUUCUGGUCCAUUAUUUGGUAUGUGUUGUAAGAAGACUGGUUCUGUUAUGGCUGGUAUUGCUCACGGUGUUGCUGUGAUUAUCCAUCUUGCUUUCUUCAUUGUUAUGUGGGUUUUCGAAGGUUUCAAUUUUACAAGAGGUUUGCUAGGUACUAUCACAUGUAUUCAAUGUCAAAGAUUGGUUUUCCAAUGUAUGACUGUUUUAAUGUUGACUCGUGAAUUCAAGAACGAUCACUCCAACACUGCCUUCUGGACUGGUAAAUGGUAUGGUUCUGGUAUGGGUAUUUCUGCAUGGACACAGCCAAGUAGAGAAUUAACUGCUAAAGUCAUUGAAAUGUCAGAAUUUGCAGCUGAUUUCAUUUUGGGUCAUAUUUUGUUAUUCUGCCAAUUACCAAUCUUAUGUAUCCCACGUAUUGACAGUUUCCACUCAAUGAUGUUAUUUUGGUUGAAACCAUCUCGUCAAAUCCGCCCACCAAUUUAUUCAUUGAAGCAAACCCGUCUGCGUAAGCGUAUGGUUAAGAAAUACAUUAGUUUGUAUUUCUGUGUUCUAGCUGGUUUUGCUGCCUGUAUUAUUGGCCCAGCUGUCGCAUCUAGUCAUGUUUCUGAUAAAUUAGGUAGUGGUUUAACCGGUGUAGCUCACAACUUAUUCCAACCUAGAAAUCAAAGCAACAAUGACACUGGUCCAAGUUUCUCAACAUUCAGCCGUGCAUCAGAUUAUACAUCCGCUCCAAAGUUGAAGACUUGGUCUACAAUCAAAUAG